AUGGAUCGUCAUCCCAAACCAUACAAGUUGUCUUGGCUGAAUAAAGGCAGUGAGGUAACGUAUGAUCGCAGUGUUAUCCAUGAUGGGCGGAAGAAUACUUAUUCUCUAAGCAUCAAAGGGAAGAGAAUUGUUUUGGUGCCUCGCAAGGAAGGAAACAUCCCUGCCCCGGUAGUUAAUAACCCCAAUCUACUUUCUAUGUCCAGGUUUUUGGUUGAGGUUGGGCGUGAAAAAAUAGUUUAUGCUUUAAUGCCUCGUGAAAAUAGUGCAGCAAAUGUGGAUUUGGAAUUACCAGCAGAAGUACAACAAUUAUUGAUGGAGUUUUCUGACUUGAUACCAGAGGAUCUUCCUCCAGGAUUACCACCUAUGAGGGACAUUCAACAUCAGAUCGACCUCAUUCCGGGGUCGAGUCUACCAAACUGA